AUGAAUAACCACGGGCGAAUUAACUCGCCUGGCAAUGACAUCCGUGUAGCCAUGGCGAAGAACGCGAGCAAGGCGGGAAGUCCUACCGCCGCCUCCGGUGCGAGCUGUGACGGGGACGAUGGAGACGAAGCGAACGCCGACGACGCCGAGGAGGAUUGGCCGGAGAACGGCCACGAUGACAGCGCUUCAGGGGACGAAUUAGGUCCUGCCGACAUCGAGGAGGACGACUGGUGGAAUCGGCCGGUCGAGAGCGACGACGAGGUGGAAGAGUGGCGGGCUGGUGAUUCCGACAACGACCGAGCGCGCUACGCCAGGUGGUUCAUGCGUGAAGGGAUUCACCUGAAGACGAAGAAGGGGAACCUGCGGAGGCCUCUGCACCCCGUGGUGCUGCAGUGGAUCGUGGAGGCUUGGGAUCAAGUCCCCAAGCAGAUCAUCAUCGACGCGUUCCGCCACUGUGGGAUCUCAAGCAAGCUGGACAGAACGGAGAACCACUUGGUGAUGUCUCACCUGCGCGCCAGGAGCACCACCGAUAUCUCCGCGGACAUGUCCCUCGGGGGGACCACAGGCGACAACACGCGCCUGCUCGGUCGGGCUCCAGAGGAGGAGGAGGAGGAGGCGAUGCAGGCGGAGGGCGUGCGGGAGGUGGCCAUGGCAACCGGCCUGGAGGUGCUGUACCAGGAGACCCCCAACUACCGCGGAGCGGUGGCCGAGGCUGACCACAUGAUCGAGCCCAGGGAGACGGCUAGGCAUGCCUGGCGAGUGCCAGACCUGGGUGUAGAGCCUGUUGUUAGUGCAGGUGAGGAGGCGGUGACUGAGGGGGGUUAG